UAACGCGCGUGCAAACUGCAGAGAACCGAUAGAGAAUUAGUAGUCGUAAUAUUCUUAACAAUCUUAACAUAGUGUAUUAUAUUAUUAUGAGACAUGAGUAUGUGACAAACUGACAAGUGACAAUCAGUGUAUAAGUUGUCUUCAAAUGUACAAAUGCCGAAGAUCAUUGGACGAUAAUGAUUGGUCAUUGAUGAUGUCCUGCGGUGUUACUGUCAUUCGGCACCGUUAGAUCGUCACCUGAACGAAAAAUAAAUUUAUACUGUCCCAUGUGUGGGGAGACACUAAUGUACCAUGGUGUCCAUCGCGGCCAUCCAAACAUUGAAGAAAGCUGAUCAACUGAAAGAACAAAUAUGUACAUCCAAAGACAUAAACAGCCCCGAAACAUUAGCAUGUCAACAGCAGUUGAGGAUCAUCUAUCAGCAAGUGUUGACUUUGGACUUGGAAUAUGCGCUAGACCAGAAAGUUGAACAAGACCUCUGGAAUCAUGGGUUUAAAAACAAUAUCAACAAGCUACAACAACUCGCCAAAGACAAAAAGAAUGCCAAACGCAAUGAAUGGAAUGCAUUAUUCCUAUCAUGCCUUGAGUCUGCAUAUGGCUUCUAUCUUAUGCUCUUGCACAGCAUAUGCUUGACAUUUGAUUUGGAUCUACCAUUUCAUAAAAAAUUGUAUGGAUUUUGUGACACGGAUAACAAGUCUUUAGGAUCAACAUAUUUACGAAAACCGCAAAAAAGUUCAUGCAAUUACAUUUGUCAAUAUUGUUUGGUGCACUUGGGUGAUAUUGCUCGUUAUCGUAAUCAAAAUAGACAAGCUGAAUCAUUUUACAGACAUGCCAUUCAAUUGAGCCCCAAUAGUGGACAACCUUAUAACCAAUUAGCUCUAUUGGAAGCAUCACGAGGAGAUAGUUUAAGCACGGUAUUUUAUUACAUGAGAAGCAUAAAUGUUAGACACCCAUUUCUAGCAGCCGUCAAUAAUUUAAAUUUCACCUUAAAUAAAUAUAUUAGCUCUAGUCAAGAUAUGCUGUAUAAAACAAAAAUUACUAGUACAGAAUUUGUUCAACUAUUUCUCGCAUUUCACGGAGUGUUGAUGUCAAAAGAUAUAAUAAAACGCCAAACUUGUGAUGGAUACAUCAAAAGUCUUUCACUGUCAUUUACACCACUUAUUGCUACUGAAUCAUUUACAUCAUUUAAAUUACAGCAGAUGGUGGCUAUAAAUAUGUUAGCAUAUAACUAUAUUGGAAAUGAAUCUACAUCAAUUAAAGUGCAGUGUUUUCCUGUUGUUGAUUUAUUAGCCACUUUCCUCAAUGCUUUUUUACUUCCACUGUACACAAUGAAAGAAAGUCAAAAUAUUUCAGAAUACUAUACAUUGCCAGCAGUCAAACUAAUUUUGGAUUGGAUAAGAAGUGAUAUUAGUGUUCUUAAUUCACCUGGUUUCAAAAGUCGUUUACAAAUUUGGCCAGGCCUUUGUAAAUUGUUGAAUGGACUAUCAAAUAAUUUAAGCAAUAAUGAUUAUUCUCAUAUUCCUUUACCGGAAGAUAGAUUACUUCAAGGCUUUGUUAUGUUAGAAUCAGUACAUUCUAAACUCAUAUUAAAUCCAGAUGACACUACAAAAAUAAAUAUAAAUGCUCUAAGAGCUAAUCGUUUAAUUGAUUUUGGUAUAUGGUUUUCAUCUACUUCAUAUUCAUUAAUAAAAGCAAUAAAAAAAGAUGAAGGAUGGAGCUUUGAAAUUAUACCAAAUAGUUCAGCCAACUCUCAUUCAAUUGAUCUCGCGGCGGACCUUGAAACAUUAUCAUCAUAUCAACAGCGCCAGUUACUUAAUUCAAGUGAAAGAAAAAGUGGUAUUUUGAAAUUUCAGUCUUCUAGUAAUUCAGAUAUAAAACCAGUCUCACGUAAUGUUGACAUUGAUUCAAUGUUAAAAAAGAAUCAAGAUACUGAAACCAAACAAGUUAAAUUUCGCUCUCCAUCUCCGAGUUCAUCAUCAAGCAGUGAAGCUAAAUGGUCAUUGGAAGACCUUGAUCAUACUUCUUCAGAAUUUGAAAAAGAUCAAAAUGCUGUGAAACCUACUCCUAUUGGCUAUCAAUUGCCACAUCCUGUCAACUCUUUAAACUCUUCCCAGCCUAAUAUUAAUCCUGUCAUGAAUACUUUUGGUCAGCUUCAUAUGAGUGGAUUUCCAUCAUCUUCUGAAAGUUCAUACAGGUUUAAUCAGCCAUUACCAAAUUUUUCUACUUGGCCACAACCACCAGCCAGCUGGAUUGAUAGUAUUAAACAACCUCAAAACAACCAACAGAAUCAUGCAAUGUUUCCAUUUAUGCAAAACCAAGCUCCAAUUGGGCAAUACCCAAAUGGUACUUGGUCAAAUGUUAAUCCUCCACAAGCAGCACAUAAUUCAACAUUGCAAAAUAACUUAAAUCAUUUUAAUAUAAGAGAUGAUCAACAGCGUAAUUAUUAUAAUGGUGUAAAUAACAGCCCAUAUUAUUCACUAUUUAAUCAACCUAAUGUUAUGAUGCCUCGUAAUAUGGAUACAAGUCAAGAACCCAGUAACAGAUCAUUUGCUACAUUCCAUCAACAGUCAUUGUGGUCAGGUCCAGGGCCAUCACCACUUGAACGUUUGUUGGAACAACAACGUGGUCGUGAUGCUUCAGAAGGAGGAGGGACAUAAUAGAAUGAAAUUGAAUAAAAUAGAAUUAUGAUUCAUUAGUUCUCAAUGAUUACAAAGUAAUAUUGGCUGAAAAAUUGAUAUUUUGAACUAUUAAAAUAAUAUCUUAAAAAUUAAUCAUGCUUAAGCUACAGAUUUGGCUUCAUGAAAAAUAUUGGAUUUAUAAUUUAUUGAUCUACAUCCUACAAUAGGUAUAAUGUUACUAUCUUUAAUGUAGUAAAACAUAAAAAACCUGUUUAAUUGAUUCAUAAAUUAUACUUUACUACAUUAAUUGACGUUAACAUACUUUGUUUUUUUUUUUUAAGUUAUUUUCUUGGUGC